GCCGCGGCCCGGGGCGGCGAUGGCGGAGGCGGAGCGGGCGCCGCUUGUGGCCGAAAGUUGCCGGGACGGGGGCGGUGAGGAGCUCCCCCCCGCCAUGGAGCAGCGGGACGAGGCCGGCCCGGCGGCGGCAGAAGACGACGAGGCGCCCCCAGCCUCGCCGCCCCCAGCCUCGCCGCCUUUCUUCCUCCUCUACCCCGGCCAUGGAGGCGCCGCCGCGCCGCCCAGCGUGUGGAGACCCCCGGCGCCCCGCGGCGGGGCCGCCCUGCCGGUGCUGCUGCUGAGCUACCCGGGGCCGGAGGGAGCCGCCGGCGCCCAUCCUAAUUAUCUCAUGGCUAAUGAACGCAUGAACCUGAUGAACAUGGCAAAACUGAGUAUCAAGGGGUUGAUCGAAUCUGCACUUAAUCUGGGCAGGACGCUGGACUCUGACUAUGCACCUCUUCAGCAGUUCUUCGUUGUGAUGGAACAUUGCCUUAAACAUGGCUUGAAAGCCAAAAAGACUUUUCUUGGGCAAAAUAAGUCAUUUUGGGGACCUCUAGAACUAGUAGAAAAACUUGUUCCUGAAGCUGCAGAGAUUACAGCAAGUGUUAAGGAUCUCCCAGGUCUGAAGACACCUGUAGGUAGAGGAAGAGCUUGGCUUCGCCUGGCUCUAAUGCAGAAGAAGCUUUCAGAAUACAUGAAAGCCUUGAUUAACAGAAAGGAUCUUCUCAGUGAAUUUUACGAGCCUAAUGCACUAAUGAUGGAAGAAGAAGGUGCGAUCAUUGCUGGCCUGCUAGUAGGUUUGAAUGUCAUUGAUGCAAACUUCUGCAUGAAAGGAGAAGACCUGGAUUCACAGGUUGGAGUUAUUGAUUUCUCAAUGUAUUUGAAAGAUGGGAACAGCACAAAAGGCAGUGAAGGAGAUGGUCAAAUAACUGCUAUUUUGGACCAGAAGAACUAUGUAGAAGAACUCAACAGACACUUAAGUGCUACAGUGAACAACCUACAGGCAAAAGUGGAUGCUUUAGAAAAAUCCAACACUAAACUGACCGAGGAGCUUGCUGUUGCAAACAACAGGAUUAUUACACUGCAGGAAGAGAUGGAGCGGGUUAAAGAAGAAAGUUCUUACAUCUUGGAGUCCAAUCGUAAGGUCACUAAAGACAGAACUGCAGAUGGACAUGCACUGACUGAGGCACGAAAACAGUUAAAGGAAGAGACUCAGCUGCGGCUGGAUGUGGAAAAGGAGCUGGAGGUCCAGAUUGGGAUGAGACAGGAAAUGGAGUUAGCCAUGAAGAUGCUGGAGAAAGAUGUCUGCGAGAAGCAAGAUGCUCUGGUGGCGCUCAGACAGCAACUGGAUGAUCUCAGGGCCCUUAAGCAUGAACUAUCUUUCAAGCUGCAGAGUUCAGAUAUGGGAGUGAAACAGAAGAGUGAAUUAAACAGCCGUUUGGAAGAAAAAACAAAUCAGAUGGCUGCUACCAUUAAACAGCUUGAACAAAGAUUGCGACAGGCAGAGAAGGACCGUCAGUUGGCCCAGCAGGACAACCGUCUCUUCAAGCAGGAGUUUGGGGACAAAAUCAACAGCCUCCAGCUAGAAGUGGAAGAGCUCUCCAGGCAGCGGAGCCACCUUGAACUGGAACUGAAGCGAGAAAGAGACAGAUGGUCACAAAAUCACCAAAGCAGCCAAGGAAACAAAAAAGUCCCAAAGAAUUUGUUAAAACCGGAUGGGAAGCUCAAAAUCCAGGAAGAAAAUGCGAAACUGAAACAGCCUCUGAGAGAGGAAAACAGUGUCCUGACAUACAAGUUGCAGAGUGACACGCAGGAAGAGCAGGAACAGCCAUCAGGACCUGGAAACGCCCAGAUCUGCCAGCUCUGCCAGGAAGAAAGCAGCCGAAACAAGAAAAAGAAUAUCUGCAAGAACUGUGGCGGUAUCUUCUGCGAAGCCUGUUCAGCAAAUGAGCUGCCCCUCCCGUCCAGUAUUAACCCGGAGUCCGUCUGCAAUCCCUGUCACAAGCAACUCAUCCAGCAGUAUUCAACCAGUCCCUUGUAGGAGCCGGGCUGCAGAGAGUGGUGACCGUAAAAAUUGUUGUAGCUAAUCAAUGUCUCUGGGGUUGUUCAAGAGGAAUUUGAAGAGAAGAUGCUUGCCUGUGUUCUUGGGAGGUCAGAGGGGGAAGCAGCUUUGAUGGUGUUUAGUCUCUUGCGACUAAAACGAAGUCUGAGCCUUCCCUGUAGAAAAAUCUGCCAGUUCUCAGACCUGAGCUUGUGCCAGGGAGAACUGCUUGGGGAAUUUCACAUCGAGUAGCCAUAAGGUGUGACUGAGCAGCCUCAGGACACUGUGAGAACAGAGCCCCCACCCCCAAAAAGAGCCUUGUGUCUGUGUAUACAAGUCAGGAAUGUUGUCAUCCCCGAGCACGUCAUGUGAGGGCAUGCUGCUGCUAAGCAAUGGCUCACUGAAAGCAAAACAGGAGCAUUUUUUAAUCCUCAUGUCUGGCUGCACUUGAAAUACCAUUUCCCCUUUCCUUGCUGCCUUUGACAAUCUGGCUCAACCGUGCUACUUCAGUGCCAGGUGAAAGAGUCCAGGUAACACGCCAAAAAAAAAGUUUUCUGGCUUAAUUUCUUCAGUCCUCUAGCCAUGCGCUUGCUAUGCAAAUCAGUAUCAAACAAAACUGUGAAAUUAUCCUUUUUUAGGGACUUUGGAGGGGGGGCUAAGGUUGUUUUGUUUUUUUUUAAGGCGUGUGUGAUGUGAAAGCUCACCUGCACUGAUCUAGCAGGGAAGUGCUUUAAGGUAUCUCUGACCUUCUUACCAGAGACCCUCACUGUGACUUCACGGCCACAAAAUGGUGGUCAGUCCUAAGGGCUGCAACUCUGCUUCCUAUCUUGAUACAGCAUCUGGGGGAAUUUGAGUCACAAAUAUUUAAAUACAAAAUACUGUUACACAGAGGAUUUAGGGCCAUGUCUGUGCACCUCUCUUCUCUCCAUUGUGCAUGUGAAAGAGUGGUUGUAAUACAGCUCAUCUUUCACUGGUUUUGCUUUAGAUCACAAUGAAGGUGAUAUGAAGUCAAAGUACUUUGCACCUAUAAGAAAUCCUGAUCCGAACACAGUUUAGAGUUUUUGUGAUUCAUGCUACAUCUAUUUUUGCUGCUGUUAAAAGGAAUUGCAUGUUACUCAAAAAGCAGUGGUGGCUUCCUCGUAAAGCACGCAGUAUGUCAUAGUUUAUUUGGUCUAUUCUGUACUGGGAGACUUCAGUCUUUAGGGCCACAGUAUGUUUUGUAAUCUGUAGAAAACUGAUGUAUUUAUAUGUGACAAAUGUAUUUGGUUUUGUAGAAAUUCUAUUGGGGGUAGUGGUUUAACACCCCAGAGAGGAUUCUCCAUUCACUAGACUGGCUGGAACUGCACUAAAAAGCACGUCAAGAGUUGAGGUUCUUUAUGUGCUUGGUGCUAGAGUUUGUACCAAAAACUUCCCCUUUCCUACUUCCCCGUAGGCCUCGGUGUGUUCAGCCGCCCAAGUUCUCCAACUCCUCUUAGCGCCCUUCAUAGAGCACUAAACAGAGGGGAGCAACUUCCAACUUUCCCCUUAUCUGCUCUUUAGUCCCCCUGUGGUAGUUACCACAUGCAUUUCCUUGCUGCUAUCCCUUAAAGUAGGUUAAAAAAAAAUUGUAAAUAGCGUUGAAAUUGGGAAAAGCCUAGAAUUUAAGUGUGAGCAAACACUGCUUUGAAGGGGUGAGACACCACAGAUAAUGCACGAGAUACUGAAUUUAUUGUUAGUAGCUUUGUGUACACGUUGUACACACUUGGGAUAGCGAAUUCCUGCACCCAACCUAGAGUGACUCAUCCCCCAGGAGAAAGUCGGACCCAUGCAACUUCAGUGCUGGAGAAUUAAACUGGAAACCAGGCACUUACUGUGAAGUGACUUUAUUGCUGGGGCGUCCGAGCAAUUUUGCAGCUCUGGAAUCACAGCUUAUUUGUGACCUGUAUGUAGCUUUCUGCUGCUUCACCAGGAGUGGCUGCUGCUCUGCUUGCUUGUAGUGAAUGUUGUGAUCAUCUUCGUGUAAAAAGCAGGACAGUUCUUGAGCAGGUCCUUUAUCGUUACACGAGAUCUCUAUGAACAAGCAGCCCUUUCCGGAGGCAGCUGAAAACCCUUCGAAAUAUGGCGCCGGCUGCUGUAACAGAAACUGGCGUUCAGAAAGACCAGAGCACGACCAAGUUGGCUGUCAGUCGCGUCAACAGUCGCUGCCUUCCUGGUUUAUCUUGGUGAAAGGCUCUGCUUUUAAGUACUGGAUGUUACACUUGGUGAUGCUGCAGAUGUUAAAGGCAUGUUUGCUCAGGUAGUGCUGGAUUUUUGGGUUCAUACCUGGACAUUUGGAUGGGGCGGAGCAGAAGGCUGUUUUUCUGUUGUUAAUUUUGUUCCACAUGCAACAAUAAAAACUUUCUCAUCUGU